AUGCAGUUCAAGAGCCUUCUCGUCGCCUCCCUCAUGGCCAUCGGUGCCGUCGCCAACAAUGGCACUGAUAUUGCUCCCAGUGUCCAGGGCCGCAUCGCCCAACUUGAUCUCGGUUUCAAGCAGACCGAUGUGAUGCUCAACAAGCUGAAGCACAACAUCGGUGGAGUCACUGCCAACGACAUCGUUGUCGCCUACAGAGAGGUCGUUGCCCGCGAGGCAACUGACAUGAUGAUGGCUCAGCCAUGGAAGGCUCUGGAGGACUCCCAGCAGAUGGUUAUCUGCCAGUCCUUCCACUCGCUUGCCCUGACUGGCCUCGAGCUGAAUGCCGACUUCACCUUCGGCGCCAACUACUUCAACCAAACCCAGCGCCACGAACUGCAGCACUGCCUGAACAAAGUCACUGAGGAGACUGGCACCUUCGUCAAGAACGUCGCCAAGACCGCCGUCCCUUACUGCCUGGACAUCAUCCAGGAGGACAACAAGGCGAUCUACCAGUCCAUCCGUGACGCUCGCCAGGCCCUCUCCGCUUAA